AUGAAUACAAAAGCGGAUUUUUCAUCGCCCCUGAAAAUGUUUAUGACGGCUCACCAGUUUGAGAUAAACUUUCAAGUACAUUUGGAUUUAAAUUCACUCGUGUCAUAUCGACUAACUGCCAUCGUCAAUGCGGCAAUUCAACAUGAAUAUGGCUUUUUCCUGUUUACUCUGCCAAUGGAAAAACGCUAA